AUGGAAUUAAAGGCACUAACCACCAUUAUUAGACGUUCUUUGCCUUGUAGUUUGCAACAGGAAAUCAACCAAUUCUCUAUCGAUGGUUUCGCACACAAAUAUUUUGCUACACAUAAACGAGGACUUUUUAGAAGAGCAAUACCAAUGAAUGAACUAUUAAGUUGGACAAGAGAUUCCAUCAAACAACCACUUUUAUUAUCGAACAAGAAUUAUAAAGAUGCACUCAAGUGUUUUAAAAUCUUACAGUUAUUAAUGCAUGAUCGACAAAGACCAAAACAUUUCAAUUCGAUGGAAAGUUUCCAAGCCUUGUUGAGCUGUGGUAUUAGCAAAGGUCAAAUGCGUGAUGAAAUUUACGUUCAGGUCUGCAGGCAGCUGAACAAAAAUCCCAGGGGUAAAUAUGUUUCAUUAAAGUUGAUUCGUAUUUGUAGUAGGGGUGCAAGAGGAAAAGUACUUUCACCUGCAGAAAUUGAAAGAGCUAUGGAAGCACCUUUUAAACCUUCCGUAUUUGGAGAGCCCUUAGAUGUCAUCAUGGAGCAACAAAAGGAUGAUUCUAGCAGGAUACCAAAGAUUGUAACAUUUUUAACCAAUGCUGUGCAUGAUUUAAAUGGUCAAACUUCUGAAGGAAUAUUCCGUGUACCUGGAGAUGCAGAUGCUGUCACUGAAUUGGUUAGUGUAGAUCUUUCUGAACCAUUGAUACCCACCUCUUUGUACGAUGACUGUAUUUCAAAUGCGCAUGACAAGGAAAAGGCAGUAGAGAUCAUAAAUUCACUGCCUGAAAUCAACCGUCGCAUUGCUCUUUAUAUGAUUCGAUUUUUACAAGAUUUUUCUGACCCACAAGUGAUUGAACAUACAUUGAUGAAUGUGGUGAAUUUAGCGAUGGUAUUCGCACCCAAUUUCUUGCGUUGUCCCUCUGUCAAUUUAACUACGAUAUUUGAAAACUCUAAAUAUGAGCAAGCAUUUCUUAAGACAUUAAUUACUGAAUUAGAAGUGGACAAAGAAGCUUGUGCCUUUCAAGACAUGGAUAUUAUUGGAAGAAUUAAAUUGCAGCAGAAUUCAGACAUGUAUGAUAUUAAAGCAUCAGUAACCAAUGCAACUUUGAGUGGUUUUACUAUUGAAUAUAAAAACUAUUACAAGGUCGUAACAAACAUCAUAACAGGUCAAAAGUACUGCCUUGUAGGUUGGAACCAAGUACGCCCUGAAGACUGUCCACAAGAUUCAUCCUUCAAUGUACCUAUACAAGAGUUCAAUUUUGAUACUGACUCUUACCACGCAAUACCAUAUAUUGAAUUGCUCGGUAUUCAAACUAAGUUGUCUGGAAGUGUUAAUAUUCAAAAUAUCACUUCUCCUUGUAUACUUGAUGGUAGUCAAAACACUAAAAUUACAUCUCCUCAAAUGGUUCUUUCUUUGCGAUCAGUAGGUUUGCCAUACAAAGCAUCUUGGUUAUUAUACCUUGGCGUCUUUUUUGAUAUGGAAUCAGAAGCACUUUUAGCUUAUAAUCAAAUUGCUAAUAAUUACAAUUGUCACAAGAGAAACUUACAAAGAGUUAAUAAGAACAGAAUCGUAUCAUGGACUUCUUUCGAUCCUAUAAAGAAGACCUACACAAUCAACGGCGAUAAUUACUAUACUCAAUUGUCCUCUGAUGCUGGUGCAGUACUUCGCUCACCUAAUAGACUACAAGACAACACAUACAAUACUGCAGUAUUUACCGAGCUCCAUGCACUUGCUCUUCAGUUACAAGGAGCAGAAUUUAUUUUUGAUAUCAGUGACACAUCUGUUGAUUACGCUACUUGGUAUAAAUCAGGCGGUGUGUACUUUACCCCCAACAAUAGCUUUGCUCAUGUUCCCGCUAUUGCUGAUAGUCAAGUUUAUUCGACUCAUGGUCUUGUAAAUUCAAACGGCAUCUCUGGUAAGUUAUAUAUUUAG